AUGAGGAAACCCCAAGGUUUUGAAACGCGUUUUGGCAGAGUGACGCGAAGCAAAAUGCCGUUUGAAAUGCGAAAGCUGACUUCAUUCCCAAUGGAGAAGCUAUGCUACGACCUAAAGCUGGAGGUGUUCGAGCAAAUGGAGCCGAAUGAUGCGAUUGAGUUGGCCAAGGUUGACAUCGGAAUUGCUGCUCGAGUCAACAAUGAAACAAAGGCUCAUGACGAUCAAAAUGCCGUCAAUUUGACUCCAAGGCGCAGGGCCUAUCCCGGAUAUUGGAGCAAGAAGACGAUUGAGGAGCACAAUCGAAGACUUGAAGAAACCGAAUGGGAAAGAUGGAGUCGUUUAGGAAUGACCAUUCGUGUUGCCAAUUCAACGACUCUAAGGGUUUGUGGUGAUGAAUCGCCUGUUGAUGCGAUGCAUGAGGAACUAAAAGCCGGUCUUAGACUUGAAAUUUUGGACACUGUUCGAGAGAUUUUUGUGGGUAGAGCUGAUAAAUGGAAGCUGACCUUGCAAAAACAAAGCGAUGGUGGUAAACAAUGGAAGAUUCCUGCUGAUGUGGCUAUUGAGAAAUCUGACGGCAGAGUGAUUACACUAUGGUCACCGUUCAAGGCUCUCUCUGUAUUCACCAUUGGAUGUGGCAAAAAAAUGAUUUCUUUGAAUGCAAGGGAA